AUGGAUCUUAUUCAGGUUGAAAUAUGGCUGCUGGAGACACUCUAUGGAAUUACAUUCGAAUCUGAAGCUAUUUUCUUGGCGGCACGUAUUGCAAUUCAUCCCAAAAAUUCAGUCUUGAGUGGAGAAAUUGCGACAUUCUUUUACAUUCUUGAAGAAUCUUGUAAACGGAAAGAUUUGAAUAACAAUGGUUGUUUAGUUUCUGGUUUACACGAUGCUGAGACUGAGAGGACACAAGAUGAUUCUCAGAUUUUGAAUAUUCAUAUUGGUGUUACUGAAAUUGCAGAGAUAGCCAGUGAACUUACUGGGAUACCGGCUUCUUGGUUUGUUAUAAAUAAGCCUGAACAAAGAUACAAGAAACUCAAAGAUUCAAUUAUGAAUUCUCCAUUGGUGCCUAAGAUUGAUGGUAAUUGUUUGGGGAGGCCAUUGGGGUUGUUUCUCUUGGUGGGUUGUAAUGGUGCUGGUAAGUCUGAGCUCGCCGAAGCAAUUGCCAAGGAGCUUUUUGAUGAUGAAGAUAGUUUCUUUAUCCGGAUUGGCAUGGAAGAAUAUACUGAGCCUUAUUCAGUUUCAUGUCUUGUUGAUAAAUUGCUUGACACUCUGAAGACUAAAAAACCAUACAGUGUUGUAGUCUUGGACAAAAUUGACAAGGUUGACUCUUCGGUUAUGGAUACUUUGGUCAGUGUUCUUAUAAACCCUGGAAAUGCUUUUGAUUUCAGACAGGCAUUGAUUAUAUUGACAUGUGAUGUAGAAGAUUUAGAUAUGGAGGAGCUCAGGCUUGGUUCUGUUCUGGGGAAAGAAUAUGAAGAGGCAGCCGCUUUUAUUAAACCUGAGUUACUGGACUUGGUGGAUAAGAUGAUAUUGGUGGAUACACGUUAA